AUGAAGCCUGAAAAGGCCUCCGGUCAGCAUAUUGAGGUGGUGGAUGAUGGUUCGUCUGAAGGGCAGGAACCAGAUGGGGUCAAGGUGAUGGGGACUGUGAAAUUAACUGAAGGCUCGAUCGUCUACAUCCCCACCCCGACUGCAGAUCCACGAGACCCCCUGAACAUGUCUCUUUGGCAAAAGACAGUUAUUCUUAUUGUGAUAUCCACAUUUUCAACCGUGGGCAUGUCUCUCGUCUCUGGAUUUGGAGGGUUGUUGGGCUUCUACAUCCCUGAAUAUGCCGCCGCAGGCAAGGGCUACGCGGCGAUUUCGCAAUUGAUGACAUACCCGACUCUUUUCAUGGGAAUUGGUAAUCUAAUAGGAAUGCCCCUUGCCAUAGCAAUUGGUCGCCGUGUCGUUCUCUUGGGCUUCACUGUGCUUCUGAUAUUUGGAGCUGUCCUAUGUGCUACCGCAAAAUCAUAUGAGUGGCAUCUCGCAUCUCGGAUGGUUUUGGGGCUUUGUGCAGGGCAAAGCGAGGCCCUCGUUCCGAUGAUCACCCAGGAAAUAUUCUUCCUACAUGAAAGAAGCAAGUGCCUCAUGAUUCAACAAGCAAUUCAAGUUAUGUUGACUACAAUCUAUGUUCUUUUCGCCAGUCCAAUCGCUGCGGCUAUUACGCCGCAGGGCUGGUACGGCCUAGGGGCAGGGUUAGCCGCACUUCAAUUCUUCUUUGCCUUUUUCUUUUUCCCCGAAACGAAGUAUGACCGGGAUCUCAGCGCAUACCAAGAAUCGGUAUCCGACGAUAAUAACUCUAGCCUCGGUGACAUUGAGACAAAUGAACCCACGAAGCCAACAGUCAUGGUAUGCAAAGAGAAGCCACCCCUUGACUAUGUUCACUACGAGGCCCGGACCUGGAAAUCAGACAUGCGUCUCUGGAUCGGCAACCCGGAAUGGUACAAGGCCGUUGAUGUCCUGAAUCAAACUUUUCAACUCGUCUUGUUCCCAAACGUCUUCUGGGCCCUCUGUCUAAACGGUCUAACAAUCGGUGUCAACAUCGCCAUCGGAACAACCUACAGCACAAUUAUCACAGGCGCUCCCUACAACUGGCCAGACUCAAGCGCCAGCUACGUUAACUGCGGCCAAAUAGUCGUUGCGCUCGUCGCACUCCCUAUCCUAGGAGCAGGCUCUGAUAAGCUUAUCCGCUGGAGAGCUCGGCGUAACGAUGGCAUGCAUGAGCCGGAGACGCGCAUUCUUCCGCUGAUAUUUCCCAUCAUCGUUGGAACCUUCACAGCUGUGCUUUACGGACAAGGAGCAACUCAUCCGGAGAAGUAUCACUGGUUCAUUUAUGUCUGGACAGUGGCUGCAUACUACUUCUGCUUCGUUGGCGCUAAUAUUGUCGCGAUCACAUAUCUACUUGAUAGUUAUCCGGCAAGGGCGGGUCCCUUAUUAGUGAUUAUUUGUGCAUUUAGGGGUUUCAUCUCGUUUGGUACGAGCUAUGGGACUACUGCGUUUGUGGAUAAUAAUGGUUAUGAUGGGGCUUUUGGAACCUUCGGGGCUCUGACUGCUGUGCUGGGGUUGCUUGGUGUGCCGGUUUAUUUCUGGGGAAAGAAUAUUCGGCAGUUUACGGGGAGGUUUGCUAAGAGCAAGACCGAUUGA